ACGUGUUUCCAGUUAGUCUCCGCCCUCCUCCGACUGUGUGUAGUUGACCCAAAACUUGCAUGAUACGACUCGACUGUGAGUUUUGACUGCUUAUCUACCACAGUUUGAACACUAUUCAGCAUCUCCCGAGGCCGACGUUCAAAGAGCUUGGCUCUCUGUAUAAAGCAGAAUGUCUAAAAGUGAACAAGAGGAGAUGAUAGAGAUCGAGAUCGAUGAACGGGAGAAACAGGCAUGUCUGGAGGAAGGUGUCGAGGAGCAGACCAUCACUGCAUCAGACUUGAUUCAACAAGAUAUCGACAUAAAUGAGCCCAUUGGCAAUUUAAAGAAGCUUUUGGAGCCCCGUAUCCAAAUUUCACUGGACGCAUACGACAUUUGCUUGCAGGACAUUCAGCUUCACCCCGACCACAGCCUCUUCGACCAGGGAGUAAAGACAGAUGGCACCGUGCAGCUCAGCCUGCAGAUAAUAACCAAACAAGGUGAGGAGAAGUUGAACAUCUUGGAAAUCGUGAAGCCGGUGGAAACGGUAGAGGUGGUGAUCGAUCCAGAUGCGGCGGGAGAGGAGGGAACUAUGGUGGAGGAGGGCCAACUCAUUGCCGUGGAGCGAUCGGGCCUCUCGGACGAGACGUCGGAGCAGGUUACCCGCUGGGCCGCGGCACUUGAAGGCUACCGCAAAGAGCAGGUUCGCCUGGGCAUACCGUACGAUCCUGUGCUCUGGUCAGCUGACCAGGUGAUCCACUGGGCUGUGUGGGUCAUGAAAGAGUUCAACAUCGACGAGAUGGAAAUCGGUAGCAUUCACAUCCCAGGUCGGGAUCUGUGCUCAUUCAGCCAGGACGAGUUUCUUCAGAAGGUGCCCAACGGAGAGAUUCUCUGGAGUCACCUGGAACUUCUGCGCAAAUACGUGUUGGCGAGCCAGGACCAGUCUGGAGGGGACGCUACCGUCACCAUUGAUCAACCUGUGCAUAUAAUCCCAGCUCAAGUGAGCACGCCCACUGUCGUCAAGGUGUUGAAGCACAGCCGCGGCCCCAGAACUCCCCGUAUAUCUGGUGGAGAAGAGCGCAGCUCGCCCGGUAACCGCACAGGCAACAACGGCCAGAUCCAGCUGUGGCAGUUCCUGCUGGAGCUGCUGACGGACAAGGAUGCAAGAGACUGCAUCUCCUGGGUGGGCGAGGAGGGCGAGUUCAAACUCAACCAGCCGGAGCUUGUGGCCCAGAAAUGGGGUCAGCGCAAGAACAAGCCCACCAUGAACUACGAGAAACUCAGCAGAGCCCUCAGGUACUACUACGACGGGGACAUGAUCAGCAAGGUGCAGGGCAAGCGCUUUGUUUACAAGUUUGUGUGCGACCUGAGAACUCUGAUUGGCUACAGCGCCGCCGAGCUCAACAACCUGGUGACCGACUGUGAACAGAAGAAGCUGGCGCGCAUGCAGAUGCACGGCAUCGGACAGCCCAUCACCACAGUGACGCUGGCCACCACGCUAGAAAAAGAAAGUUAAAGGAGGUCGCGUCGAAGAGCCCUCAGGCUGCCAAAGUUUGCUUUUCACCACUGACUGGAAAAACAAAACAACUCUGCUUUUCUUUUUUUUGGACGCGCCUGUGUCCACCAGGAUCCCCGAUCAGCGCGGAUUAUCAACUAUCAUUCUCUUCUUAAGUCUGGAAGUUUUACAGAGGCAGUUUUUUUCUUUUUCUCUAACUAUAACGAAUGUGGCGGGCGAAUGUGAGAAAUGUUUUGCAUCUGACUGAAUGGGUGAAUGUGUGAGUGAAACAUUGUAGUUUAGGAUAAUUUCCACUGUAUAUACCGGCGUUUCAUGUUUUUGAUAGCCACCAGGACAAGUGUAUUUUCAUACUUUCCAUUAAUAAAGACCUGUUUUGUAUUUUAUUUAGUGUUUGUUCCCCAAAUGGUUGGACCCUUUUUUGUCCACUAGAGGGAAUAAAGUGGCAAGCUUUUUUUUUA